GAAGCUAUGUUAUGUUACACGAGAGAUAAAACAAACUUCAAGGCCUUUCAUUCAUAAUAAAGUGUACAGUUACAUACGUAUUUGAUUGCCGCUAGGGCACCUAAAUACAACAUUGAUGUCUCCUCUCAGAAUCCUUUUAGUCUUCUGGAACAGCCCAUGGACCAGCCUACUGUUCAAAUUUUGCCAUCCAAUUACCAGUUGUACAAUUCACAUACAAGUACACAUGGGCAGCGCAGCUGACACGCAUGGACCCACUUCUAGGGCAACUCCUUGGGGAUGCUCAAGUCCCUGCAAACAACAAUAACAAGACAAAUGAUAUAUUCCCAUCCUUCUCUGAAGCUAAGGAGUAUGCUAAUAAGAUGGAUAAGAAAAAACAGACAGUUGAAGACAAUCACUCUCAUAAGGGAGCGUGUCAAACAUUCACAGAGGAAGGCCCUCAUUACAGGACCGCUGAUCAAGGGCUAAGUCUUCUUCUACAAUAUUCAGAACCCAAUUCUCCAAGUAUCCAAGAUCAAGACUGUGAUUUUGGAUACCAUUCAGAAGAAGAAGUUAGUGUGUUUUUAGACAACUCAAAGCUGGAACCUAGAAGCUUUAAAACCCCUGAACAGAAAUCCUUAUGUGUCUCAGUCCCUAAAGCCUUUAAAAAGAGAAAGCACUUUGACAUCCCCACUAUGGUUACCAGGAGGGCAGAAAGAAGACAAUUGUGGGAAGACCUUAUCUCUAAUGCCAUCUAUGAUCACAUUUGGAUAGUUGGUGGAGACUUUAACAGUAUCUUAUCUGUGGACGAACACAAGGGCUCAACAUCCCCCAAUCUGGCAGAUAUCAGGGAAUUCAAGGACUGUCUUGAAGCCAUACCACUCCUCAAUACACAUACUACUGGUGGUACUUACACAUGGGAUGGGGUGAGGAGUAGAGGCAGGGUUUGGAGAAGGCUUGACAGAGCUCUUGUCAAUGAGAAAGCUCUUACUUUCUUCAAUGAUAUCUUCUCUCAUAUGUGCAGCAAAACAACCUCAGAUCACAAACCUAUUGUGCUACAGUGUGCCAUGGAGUCAUUUAAGGGAGCCAAACCUUUCAGAUUCCAGAAAUUUUGGGUCAAUCACUCAACCUUUUUAAAGAUGGUUAAUUAUCAUUGGUCCACAUUCCCCACGCAGGGUGGGAUGAGAGGGUUGGCUUCCAAACUUCAGGCUCUAAAAACCAUUCUCAGAAACUGGAGCAAGAGUACUUUUGGUGACAUCUUUGAAGAAUUGAAGAAAGCAGAAACCAAUGCACAGAGGGCACAGGAAGCCUAUGAGACUAAUCCGGAGGACCCUACACUCAGAAGCACAACAAAUGAGGCUUAUGCUAAGCUUAUAGAGGCCACUAAUAGAGAAACUACUUUUUGGAAGCAAAAGGCCAACCUACACUGGCUUGAACAUGGUGACCAGAACUCCUCCUUCUUCCACUCUUUUGUCAAAGGCAGGAGAACAAACCUUAAGAUCAGGGCAAUUAGAGAUAAAGAUGGCAAGCUCAUUGAGACAGAGGAUGGUAUCAAAAGAGCUGCUGAAAAACAUUUCGUGGAAACUUUCAGUAACACGAAGUUGGUGGAAGUUGGACAAAUCCUAAACCACAUACCUAGCCUCAUUACUAAUGAUGAUAACAACAUGAUGUCUGCUAUACCAGAUGAGAUGGAGGUUAGGAAGGCAGUUUGGGAUCUUAACCUCAGUAGUGCAGCAGGCCUAGAUGGGUUCAAUGGUUGUUUUUUCAAAAACUGUUGGGAUAUUGUUAAACUUGAUGUCAUAAAAGCUAGCCAGAAGUUCUUCAUGGGUAUACCUGUUCCCCAGGCUUAUGGGAGUACACUCAUCACCCUCAUACCCAAGAAGGAGAACUGCACUACAUUCUCAGACUUCAGGCCAAUUUCCCUUUCUACAUUCAUGAGUAAAAUUAACACCAGAAUCCUAGCUACCAGAUUACAAAAACUGAUUCCCAAUCUCAUCUCUAUUGAACAAUCGGCUUACCAAAAAGGCAAAGGAGUUGAAGAUCAGGUACUUAUGGCUAGUGAAAUGGUACAUAGUCUGGACAGAAAAUGUGAUGGCGGGAAUGUGAUCAUGAAGCUAGACAUGGCCAAGGCUUUUGACAAAAUUGAAUGGUCUUUUCUCAAAGGUAAACACUCCUCUCCUUCUACCAUUGCUAGGAUGGCAAAGGCACUGAAUAUGAAACAUGAGAAGCUGCCAUUCAGUUACCUUGGUGUCACCAUAUGCAAAGGCCAAAGCAUCACUGGAGGUCUUGGGAGUCCUUAUGUUGCACUAAGGAGGAGGGAGGAAUUGGGAUUAGGAAUCUUAAGGAUCUACACCAGGCCUACUCCCUUAAAUUAUAGUGGAAAGCACACAAAGAUGACACACUUUGGGCAAGAUUUAUAAGGGAAAAAUACAUUAGAAGGAACUCAUACCAGGAAGGACUUGUUGACUCACCAACCUGGAAGAGAAUAUGCAGAAUUGCCAAUUUGGCAGAUGAACACUCCUUUUCCACUAAUGGCAUCCUAUCAUGGGAAGAUGGAGAGUUCACUUUAAAGAAAGGGUACAAUGUUGU